CAAGGAGAAGGGGCAGAGAGGAUUGCCGUUCUGUCUAGGUUUGUUGACCUUUUUCAGCAAAUACAGGAGGGCCAACCAGGUGUCAGCACUGUUCUGUGCUCUGGGAACACAGUCUCAAGACAGUGAUCUCAUGAAGCUUAUAUUGUAGAAAUAAGGGAUAGGGUUAGGGCUGGACAUAUAAAUUUGAAAACCGUCAUAUGUAUAGGUGGCAUUGAAAAUCAUAGAACUGUGUGUGAAGAAAAAGGUGGGAGCUUUGGAGCUCACUUUAUAGGUUGGGAAGAGGAAGAAGAUCUAGUGGAAGAGCCUUCAGUGAGGUGAGAGGGAAUCCGGAGGAGCCUGGGCUUCAUGAGGACAUGUGAGAAAAAUUUUCAGGAAAGUGGGACUGCUCAUCGGUGUUAAAUGCCACUGAUAGAUCAUGUCAGAUGAUGGCUGAGAGUUGAUCAUUUUAGCAAUAAAGAGAUCAUCAGAGGGUCACUACAACAGAGCACAGGAACACUGCUAGAUCACAGGAUGUCAGACCCAGGGAGCCUCCCUAAAGACCAGCUCAGGUGCUGUGGUGGAUGGAGGUAUGCAGAGGUGCUACCAUCCGGUGAGCAUCAUGAUGGCAGCACACCUUGGAGGAUGGCAUGCUCAGGAAAGCAGAAGCAUCCACACAGGAAAUGAACCAUGUUCACUGAGAAACAACUGGCGGAUCUCAGGGUUCAGUUCAGUAAGAACCCAUACCCCACCUCCAGCCUUCAGAAAGAAAUGGCCUCCAGAAUGGGCAUACACCCCACCAGCCUGCUGGUUGUCUGGUUCAAGAACCACAGAGCAAAACUCAAGAAGGCCAAAUAUAAGCAUAUUCAGCAAUAUCGAGAUGCUGAACAACAGCAAUUAGCUGAGGCAGGAGUCACAACCAGCUCUUUCAAGAGCGACAUGGACGUGCCUCCCAGAUCCCCUACGAGCACCUCCCCUGCACCUCUGGUCUACACAGAUCAUCCAACACCUUCAUCCCAACUGCGCAUCUGCCCCAACAUUAAGGCUCCCACAGACCAUUCUGUUGGCCACAAAAUAGUCCAUUUUGGCUGCUGCCAAGAUCCUAACAUAUACUGCCUCCAUCACAUCCUGGAACCCCAAGUAUUUCCCACAAGCUUCAAUUCUGAUUCUUGUGGCUAUUCAUCUCCACAAAUAAUUUAGCAAAAAGCUAGACACAAGGCCACCUCCAGCAAUGAUUUGUAAUGAUUCCCACAGAAGGGACACUUGUCAGCUACACACAGGAAGAAAACACAAGAUGUACACAUGGAUGCAUUUCCACAACAUGCUCAGUCAAAGGAGAAAAAAGACACAAAAGACUAUACUAUAUACUAUAUUAGUCCAGUUUAUAUGACUUUCCAGAGCAGGAAGAGCUAAUCUAUAAUGGCAGAAAGCAGACCGGUGGUCUGAGAGGAGAGGCAGUAAGCCAGUCAUUGGAAUGUUGCAUAGGGCUCACAUCCUAACUCAGAUGGCUGUUACCUGGGUAUAGAAAUUCAUUAGGACACACAGGACUGUAGUACCAUGUCAUGUACACUGCCAAGAAUAUCAAUUUCAUGGAGGGAUGGAUUAGCCAUGGAGGUAAUCAUCUUGUAAUGCAUAAAUGUAUCAGAUCAACAUGUUGUAUACCCUAAAUUUACACAAUGGUCUAUGUCACUUCUGUCUCAAUAAAGCUGGAGAAAAGGUGUAAAGGAUAAUAAUAAGAAGAAAAAGAGGUCAUCAGAGACCUUGACAGGAGCCAUUUCUGAUCAGAGGAGCUUGGGACGAAAAACUGAUAGGAGUGGGUUCUAGAGGAAAUCACUGAUUAGUUCAGUAUUUAUCGAGCACCUAUGAUGUGCCUGGCACUGUUCUAGGCAAUGCAAAUUUGUCAGUGAACAAAACAGACAAAACCCACCUAGAGUCUACAUCCUAGUGGGGCAAACUGACAAUAAAGAUUGGUCCGCCUAGGAGAACAGGAGAAAAGGAAAUGGAAACAAUGGAACUAACAACUCUUUCAAGGGGUUGUGAUGUAAAGGAGAGCAUGGAAACAGGGAAGGUAUUUGGAGAAUGAAGUGGUCUCAAGGAAGGGGUGUU